AUGUCAAGUCGAUUAGAGACAUUAGUCUAUUGUAAGGCUGGCAUUUUAAAUGUCAGAAAUCUUUUUUCUUUUUGGUCGCGGCUACAAACUAUCAAAUUCUUGUAUGCAUGUGCGGUGAAAUCACUAAUUCUAAAAGAUAAGUGGCUUGCUGAUUCAAUUGCAGCCGGUUCUGCGUUAUCACCUGCAAAGUACAUGGUUCAACUCCAUCAACCAGAAACUACACCUAUCAGAAUUAGGAAACCUGUACGUCAUGAUAACAGUGCCUAUAUUUUUAAUGGAAUAGGAGUUAUGCUUCAUGGGAAGCCUCAUUUCUGCACCAAAAUUGCAAAAGUAAUCCAGCAUGGAGGUGGACGCGUUUUUGGAACUCUCCUUUGGUUAAUUCAAAAUCUUGAUUCUGAGAAAAUAUCCUUGGCUGUGAUCUUUUCUGAAGGUGAGAAUAGGGCAUCACGUCACCUACGACAAUGUGCUUUAGAGAGAAAGAUACCCACUGUGGUCAGUGUUUUUUUGCCCAUUCCACCUUCAUUGUAAAUUUAUAAUCGUGUAUGGGUCUAUUAUCAAGGGAGGCCGUUUUCGUAACCAUGGACUGGUUCACCAAUUAUAUUAAUCUCUU